GGCCAUGCCCAUUUCUACAGAUUCCCGCCACGUGUAGACGCGGACCAGGCUCCAGACGAGUCGUUCCCUUCGUGUCGGUGUGGACGAGACUCGGUUUCCCGGCGGAAACACUAUGAAGACACAGUGACGACAAGACCAGCGUUUAACCCGAGUUUCACCAGAACCUCCUACGUCAGGAUGAAGGAAGGAACAGACGCUCCUCAGGAUCGGGGUUGCUUGGUGGGAAUCUGUUUCUUCAUUUUGGGCCUGGGAACACUGUUACCAUGGAACUUCUUCAUGACUGCUUCAUUGUAUUUUCAAGGUCGUCUAAACACAACAGAAUGGAGCAACGGCACAGCGGUGAUCCAGAAAGAUUACUACUUCAACAACUGGAUGACCCUGCUGUCCCAGCUGCCCCUGCUGCUGUUCACCCUGCUCAACUCCGUCCUCUACCACAGGAUAUCGGAGGCGAUGCGUAUCGCAGGUAGCCUUGUUUUCAUCCUGCUGCUCUUCAUCCUCACAGCAGUGCUGGUCAAAGUGCCCAUGGAGGCAGACCGCUUCUUCUCAGUAACCAUGGCUACUAUCUGGUUCAUCAACUCGUUCGGUGCCGUGCUGCAGGGCAGUCUGUUCGGCCUGGUGGGUCUGCUGCCUCAGAAGUACAGCACCGUCUUCAUGAGUGGACAGGGCCUUGCCGGGACCUUCGCCGCCAUCGCCAUGCUGCUCGCCAUAGCCAGUGAUGCAGACUCUGAGUCAGCAGCGUUGGGCUACUUCUUUACACCAUGCCUGGGAACAGUGGUCACACUCUUAAGCUACCUGCUUCUACCUCGACUGGAGUUUGCCCAGUAUUAUCUGAAGAAAAGCAGCAAGUAUGAGGCAGGCACCACAGACGAGCUACUGAAAGAGAACAUCACAGUGGAGAACAAGAACCUGAACGGCCAUGCUAAUGGCUCUGUGAGCAGCAGCGAACAAGCCGAGACAAAGGUGGACCCCAGCCCGGAGGAGAAUAAGCAGGCCUUCCUGUCACUGGAGCAGGUGGAGAAGACACAGGCCAAAGCCUCCGUCAUAGAGGUGUUCAAAAAGAUCUGGGUGAUGGCGUUCUGUGUGACUUUUGUGUUCACAGUCACUCUGUCUGUCUUCCCUGCUGUCACUGCAGAUGUCAGGACAUCAUUCCCAGGAAAAUGGGACCGCUUCUUUCUGUCAGUGUGCUGCUUCUUAAUGUUCAACGUCAACGACUGGCUCGGCCGCACCAUCACCACCAUCAUACGCUGGCCUCGUAAAGAGUCUCAUCUGUUCCCGGCGCUGGUCGUCUCCAGGGUGGUGUUCAUCCCUCUGCUGAUGCUUUGCAACGUCCAGACUCGCUCCUUCCUUCCCGUCUUCUUCGCCCAUGACGCUGCUUUCACUAUCAUCAUGGCUCUCUUCUCCCUGUCCAGUGGCUACUUCGUCUGCCUUUCCAUGUCCUACGCACCACAGUUAGUGGAGCCGAAGGACGCAGAGACUGCAGGAGCCCUGAUGACCUUCUUCCUGGCCCUGGGUCUGUCUUUAGGAGCGGGCUUGUCCUUCCCGCUGAGAGCGCUGGUGUAAACACACACAGGAGAAAAUUAGAUUAAUGGACCUUUACUUUUUUGUCAUCCGAGGACCCGAGUGACACUUUAAAAAUACAACACACAUACGCACUCAGUUCAUGAAGUGGUUUUGGUCAAAAAUGGCAAGAGUCCCUUCAGAUGUAGGAAUAAGGGAAAUUUUGCAUAUUCCUGAUAACUGCUUAUUAUGUUGCCUGAAGAAAAGGGUUAGAAAAGAUUUCCUCUUUGUUCAUUUCUCAUAGGAUUGUGUUACUGCGUUAUUUGGUUUACAGUUUGUGUGUGUAGAUUGACUUUUUGAUUGGUUUAGGGCAUUUAACACUGCUGAUGUGUAGAUAAAGGGAAUCCUUAGAGAUACAGAUUUAAAUGAAGUUCCAUGUGCUGCAAUCAAGAGGAUUUAUGUAUCGUCUUUGUUCUUGUUGCCACAGUUGAUCUGUGUUUACACUAUUGUUUGUUUGGCUUUUGAUAAGAGAUAGCUUCUUGUAAUUUGACUGAUGGCUUUAAUAAUUACAACAAGCCUAUCUACCUUGUGUUUAAAACAUUAGCUAUUUUUGAUGAUGGGGACUUUCUAGGAUUAUUUUGUUUUUAUAAUGAACUAGCACUAUGCUGCAGAUGUAGAACAAACUGUUUGUUUAAAUGUCAUGUAAUUUACCAAUGGAAAGUUAAUGAGCUGCCUCAUGGACAUGGCUGGAUACGUGAAUGAGCCAAAGGGAGAAUCCAUCCAUGCUCUUCUUGUCAACAAACCUGUCCCUCUCCAGCAUUUAGGUUACUGCUGCCAUCUACUGGUCAGAAUUCCCUCUUUCUUUUUGAUUCGAACCUUAAAACCUCUGAAUAAAACCUGAGUGCUGUGACAUCACAGGUUACGACUGACUGACAGGAAACAGUAGCAGUUGGUGGUUGGUUGUAUUUCCAGGUUUCAGGUGAACAGGUUGUGUGAGCGGAGCAGCAUUCUUCUGCUGAUGGAGUAAAAAAUGUCGCGGCUCCAACAUGUAGUUUUAUUUUAAAGUGAGUUUUUAAAAGAAAUGCUCGUCCUGAGGACACCGGGCAGCUAAACCUUUCUCAUUUAACGUACCAGUGUAGUUAUGCUUUUGUUAUUAGUAAGAAGACAAACAAUUAUAUAAUUUGUGAAUAUAGGUCAUUGUGGAAAAUGAGAAACAAAUGUAGAAUUUUUAUGGAUAUUUAUAUUGGCCACAUAACAAAUAGUAUUGUUUUUUUUAUGUUGCUACCAAUGUGCUCUGCUCCAGUCACAAAUCUCAGUUUUUCUAUUUUUUAUUUGAAGUGCACAGACCUCUUCAUGUAUAGAAUUUAACUUAUGGUACUUUGCAGGUUUUGUAUCACAAUCUGUGUGGAUAAGAAAGUGUUUAAUAAGCCGUUAUUUUUAUUAGUAUUAUCCAAGUGUGCGUCUUUUCAUUCUGCUGACAGUAAAUGAGUGGUUGUCACAGUAUGAGGUGUCUUGUACAUGUCAAGGAAAAAAACAUUUGUCUUGUCUCAUCUGCUUGUCCGAAAUGAACUAAGGGCUGCCUCCUAACGGACAAUUUAACAUGGAUUGGAUUUUUAUUUGAUGGAUUUGUUUUUAAGUGUUACUUGACACUACAUUAAAUGGACAAAUACAGCGAGCAGUUGUCAAGGUACAACGGAGUAUUGGGUCCUGUUGAGGAAAAAACUAUUCUGACAUUUCGAAAUAAAGUCACAACAUUACGAAAAGUUUUAAUUGAUGUCUUCUCAAUUAUCACUUUAAUCUCGUAAUAUUACGACUUUAUUCUCACAAUCUCUUCUUCCUCAACAUGGCAACCAUUUAUUGUAAUAGUUAAAAAAUGCCUUGAAUCCUCUGCCAAUCCCAGACUUUAAAUAUAGUGGCUGCCAACUGAAUAUGAUCUCUGUUCUAUGUGAUGCGCCAAAUGUUUGAUUCCAUGUUGUUAACAAAACAAGUUGUUUAGAUUCUUGUUAACUCCGCAUUUCCUUUGUACUUGUUCAAGUGGUGUUUGAAGAAUGUAAAGAGAGUGAUGACACAUGGGGCCGCUCUCAGGCUGUGGACGCUCUGUAGCUGCCGCUCUGUCACAUUCAGCCUUAACGAUACAACAAGAAGGUUCACGUUGUUUGCAACAGUCUCAUAUUGUCCAUUUUCUCAGUCAAUGCAUUUAAUUCAACAACACAAAAAUCAUCCCGUUGUGUUUUCUCCGAUCUAGUACGACCAUAACGUUACCUGCAGUUCACCCGUACAGAUUGUGACAGAAUGAGUGACAACAAAGGGAAUCCAUGCAUGUUCAUUAUGUAUGUGUAUAGAUUUGGCUGUGAAUAAAUGAAUGGUUCCAA